AUGGAAGAAAUUUGCAUUUCAAUUGCAUCUAAAAUUGUAGAAGAACCAGUGGCACUAAUUGGGAGACAACUCAGCUAUAUAAUAUACUACGAUUCUAACAUAGAAAGUCUAAAGGAUGUGCUUAAAAACCUUGUUGACAAGAAAAAUGAUGUGCAAAGAUCUGUGGAUGCUGCAAAAAGGAAUGGUGCAACCAUUAAAGAUCAAGUUCAGAGUUGGCUGGAUAAUGUAAGCAAAAUAUUUCGUGAAGCGGAAGAACUUCAAACCAAACUCAACAUGCAAAGGCGGUGCCCAAGUUUGAAAUCGCGGUAUUCUCUAAGUAGGAAAGCCAAGAAGAUUGCUAAAUGUGCCCUUGAUCUCAAACUAGACGAAGGACUAAGUAAUAAUGUUGCCAAUCCUGUACCUCUGAAACAACUGGGGUCAAUAAUCUCUAGUGAAGGUUUUAAGGGUUUUGAAUCCAGAGAAGAUGUCAUGAAUGAUGCGCUUAGUGCUUUGAGGAAUGAAAAGACAAGAAUAAUUGGGAUUUGCGGGAUGGGAGGUGUGGGUAAAACCACAAUGGUGAGAGAAAUCAGAGAAAUGAUCAAGAGAUUACAAGGAACAAAUAAGCUGUUUGAUGAUGUUGUGAUGUCAACUGUAUCCGCAACUGUAAACAUUAGGACAAUUCAAACUGAAAUUGCAGAGUCACUAGAUAUGAAAUUGGUAGAGGAAAGUGAAUCUAUAAGAGCACAAAGGCUACAUGAGAGAAUCAAGCAGAGUAAAAGAAUCCUGAUUAUAUUGGAUGAUGUAUGGUCAGCGGUUAAAUUACAGGAUGUAGGAAUCCCUUUUGGUGAUCAUGAAGGGUGCAAAAUUUUGUUGACAUCUCGAAAUGAAGAAGUUUGUAAAACAAUGGGGUGCAAAGACAACAUUUUUAGAGUCCAAGCCUUAAAUAAAGAAGAAGCAUGGGAGCUUUUCAAGGCGACUGUAGGUGAAUCCUUGGACAAUAAUAAUCCUCAUUUGCUUCAUGUUGCAAAAAUGAUUGCAGAUGAAUGCAAAGGUUUACCCAUUGCCAUCAUAACCAUCGGGAAAACACUAGUCUCAAUUGACAAGAAUGAAUGGGAUACUAUCCGUGACCAACUGAAAAAUUCUCUCCCAGAAAUCAUCCCUGGAAUGGAACACAGUGUUUAUUCUUGCAUAAAACUAAGUUACGAUAAAUUGGACAGUGAUGAAGUCAAGUCAUGCUUUUUACUUUGUUGCUUAUUUCCAGAAGAUUAUGAUGUUCCGAUUGAGUAUAUGGUAAGGUAUGGGUUGGGUCGAGCAAUUUUUGAAAACGUCAAUACGAUUGAAAAAGCAAGAAAGAGAGUGCACUUUUUUGUUGGACAACUAAAAAGAAGGUUUUUGUUGCUGGAUAGUGAAAAGGAAGAAUGUAUCAAAAUGCAUGAUAUAGUUCGUGAUGUUGCUAUAUCAAUUGCCUCAAAAGAUCCUCACAGAUUUAUGGUAAGAUCAUUCGAUGCAGAAGGUGGAGGUGGAGGAUGGCCGGGAGUACAAAAAGCAACAAACCAAGAACAUUGCAGUGCAAUUUCAUUAAUUGAUGUUAAAUUGGAUGAAAAUAUUACUGAUGGUUUGGAGUGCCCCAAACUUGAGCUUCUGCAACUGAAAAAUUCCUCAAGUAGUUCAGAAUAUUCCAACCACUUUAAAAGAAUGAAAGAACUCAAGGUUUUAUCUUUCUUAGAGGUGAAUAUGUCAAGCUAUUUGGCCUCGGAAAAAUCUCUACUGCUUGGAGAACCCAAGUACCUUCAUACCUUGUGUCUAGAGGAUUGCAAUUUGGGAGACAUAUCCCAUGUUAUUGGAGGAUUGGAGAAUUUGGAGAUCCUCAGCUUUGCCCGCUCUCAAAUCAAUAAGUUGCCUAGAGAAAUAGGACAUCUUCAUAAGUUAAGGAUGCUAGAUGCAACAGAUUGUGAUGGACUUGAAGAAAUUCCUCACGGUGUCUUAUCCAACUUGAGGAGAUUAGAAGAGUUGUACAUGGCAGAAAGCUUUCUCAAUUGGGGGCCAGCAACAGGAAGCAAGGAUGAAACGACCAGCAAAGAAGAGAGUUUCGAGAAUCGAAUGCCUGCGUAUCUGUUCGAAAAUAGUUUGAUGCUUCGUGGUGAUGUAAAGGAAUAUUUGGAGAUUGGAGCAGUUAGAUACUUCUUGAAGCAAUCUGAAGACUUAAGCCUACACUACACAUGGAAUUUAAAGUAUGUCAUCGAGUUAGAUGAUGAAGGGGGCUUUCAACACUUGAAAGUGUUAUCAAUCAUGGAUGACGACAACAUAGAGUAUCUUAUGAAUGGAACAGAUUGGACUUGUCGUCGUCAACCCGCCUUCCCCAUCUUAAAGUCAGUUACCUUCAAGAAUGUUUACGAACUAAAAGUUGUGUGUUGUGGCAAACUGCUAGACAAGCGCUCCUUUAUGAACCUAAGAUCCAUAGCAAUUAACAAUUGUGAUGAGUUAAAAUAUGUAUUUUCAGUAUCCAUAGCACAAAACUUGGUACAACUCCAAAGCUUAAGUGUUGAUCGCUGUUGGAAAGUGGAAGAGAUCAUAUCAAAGGAGAGAAUGGAAGAUGAUAAUGCAUCUCACAGGAUAAGUUUCCCAAGAUUAACUUUUUUGAAGCUUCAUUCUCUACUAAAGCUCCAUGGUUUCUACACGGGAAACCAACGGGACUCCACCUAUGAGAUUCUAAAGCCCAACGAAGAAAGUGUGAACAAGGUGAAAGAGACCAGAAAUGACAAUCAAGUUGUUGGGUCAACCUCAUCUAAAUCAAAAGUGGCACAAGUGGGAGCAAGUUGUAAGGCACUAUUUCCUUCAAAUUGCAUUUCAUGGUUACCAAAUAUAGAGAAAUUAGAAUUGGGUCAUUUAAGAAGCGAGCAAGGGUCAGAGGAACUAGUGUUGAAACGUUUGACAAGCAAGCAAGAGUCAACGGACUCUUUGACAAGCGAGAACGGCUUCACACUAUUCAACUUGCCAAACCUCGAGAGAUUUUGCCCUGAUGCCUAUUCCUUUGCAUGGCUCUCCUCCACGAGAACUAUGGAGGUGUCAAGAUGUCGCCAAUUAAAGACAUUGGGUUUUGCACCACUAAGCAAAAAGCGGCCUGCAAUUGCAGAGAAUUUGAGUGAUGAUCAUGUAAGAGGUAGAGAAGAAUCAGGUGGUGCAUCAUCAUCAACUGGAUCUGGAUGUUCGCCACUAGUAUGCUUUCAAAGUCGUCCAUCUACUCGCAACUUUACUCAAAUAUUGCCUCAGGUUGUAAAUAGAGAGGUUACGCCGACAAAUCUUCAGACUUCAAGUGCUAGCGACAAUCUAGAAGAUCUCGAAGUAUAUGGGUGCGAUUUAUUGGAAGUGAUAUUUUUGGUUCAGGAAACCCCUUCUACUCAAGCAUUUGAUAAGCUGAGGGAAUUGAAGUUGUUCUAUUUACCAAUGCUGAGCCACAUAUGGGAAAAGGAUUCCUGCUCGUAUGGGGGUGUCACAAAUUGA